GACCUGGUAUGGCGGGCAUGUGCGGCCCACAACGAGCGAAACUUCCUCAUCGUCCGGCCGCCCACGGAAGAGGGAGAAGCUGGCGAUCUCCUGGUUGUGCACGAGGGCGCCCGGGCCGGCAGCCGCGCGCAACAGCAAGUCCCUUACAAGGAUGGCCUGACCGAUAAGCUGUUCGCAGUGGACCAUGAGCGUCAAGAGUGCACGAGAAUGUGGAGCCAGCAGAAGACCGAUGACCUCAUGGCUCAGAUGGACAACAUUGACGAGGAAAUUGCAGAGCCCUUCAAGCAAGCCCUGAAGGCAGAGCUGCGCAAGUACGUCGACAGCCGCUACGCGGAUCCAGGCGGAACAAGCACUGGAGCGGCCGCCUACACUCUUUAUAGUGCUAAAGGUCAGGAAGUGGGCGGCGACAUUGAGCUCACGCUGCUUGGCGGUCCGGAAUUGGUUGAGGAUGAUCAUCGCAUCCCGGCGCGCGCGGCCCCGGGGCUUGUGGUCUGGCACCUGGAGCUCCCAGCCGCUAGGAUGGUGGGCGUGUUGGAGUUCACCAGCCAUUAUGCUGAGGAUGGCAAUGUGCAUUUCCGGCGUCGAUCGGAUCGCCGCACCACGGUCAAAGAGACCACGGACCCAGCAAAGUUUGCGGCCGAGACGGUGGAGGCCAUCCGCCGCGAAGAGGAUAGCUUCCAGGCCGCUACAGAGGAGCAGUGUGAUGUGAUUUGCGACAGCACGCUGCGGGCCCUUCGGCGAACACUGCCGGUGUCAAAGGAGCGCUUUGACUGGCGGCCCACUAGGCACGCCUUGGUGCGCGACCUCAAAGCAUCCGGAAAGGAUGGUGGGAGUUGA